AUGCCUCGCCAACGUGGUCCCGCCCGAUCUGCCCCGUCCAGACCGACGGCACCAGCUCCAGCACCUCGGUCUGUAGCGCCACAGCAACAGCACCGACCGAUGUCGACUGCAGCUGCGCCCGUCCAGCAACAUGCUGCUCACCCGCCGCCUGCCCAGGCCCAAGCAUCCCAGGGACCAGGACUCUUCGGCCAGAUGGCCAGCACAGCUGCUGGCGUCGCAGUCGGCUCUUCCAUCGGCCAUGCCAUCGGCGGUUUCUUCGGUGGUGGCUCCUCUUCCGCACCGGUCGAGCAGCAACAGCAACAGCAGCUUCCUACCGACGCCUACUCCCAAACCGGCCAGGCAAUGGACAACGCUUUGUACACUCAAUCCUCCUCGACCGAAGCUUCGGGUCCUUGCGCCGCCGACAUCAAGAGCUUCACCGACUGCAUGAACCAGAACCAGGGCAACUUGUCCAUCUGCGGUUGGUAUAUGGAGCAACUGAAGGCUUGCCAACAAGCUGCUAGACAAUACUAA